UGGAACUCCCCGGGACUGCCCCCAACCACCAGGGCCCCCCCAACCCCCCCCCAAACCACUAGGACCCCCUGGGACCCCCCAACCCACCCCCCCCCCCCAAAACCACUGGGAUCCCCCAAACCCUACCAAACCCCCCAAUGUCCCCAAUCCCCACAAUGUCCCCAAUUCCCCCAAUGUCCCCCCAAUGUCCCCAGGGGGGUGGACCUGGUGGUGGAGGUGGCCCACCCGUGUGUGGCCCAGGAACACGGCGAGGACAUCCUGGGACACGCGGAUUUCAUGCUGGGGUCCCCCACAGCCCUGGCAGACCCCGAGACCGAGCGGCGGCUCCGGGAGGCGGCGACACGGGGGGGCCACACCCUGUAUGUCCCCAGGGGGGCCCUGUGGGGCUGCGAAGACAUCGCCAGGAUGGACCAGGAGGGGACACUGGCUGCCCUGAAGGUGACAAUGACCAAGUCCCCGCAGAGUUUCCGGGCGCAGGGGUGGCUCCGAGAGCGGGUGGCGGCCGCGGUGGCCUCAGGGACGAGGACGGUCCUGUACGAGGGUCCCCUGCGGCCCCUCUGUCCCCUCGCCCCCAACAACGUCAACACGAUGGCAGCGGCGGCCGUGGCGGCGCCGGGGCUGGGCUUCGAUGGCGUCACCGCCUGCCUGGUGGCCGACCCCAGUGUCCCCGACUGGCACGUGGUGGAGGUGGAGGUGACAUCGGUUGGAGACAAGGGGCGGUGCCUGAGUGUCACCAGCACCCGCCGG